AUGCCGCGCUUCAGCAGCACCCUGCUGCUGCUUGUCGUAGCGGUCGCCGCUUCCGCGUUCAUCGUCGACACAUGCGCCGCUGAUGGCGACAGCAGCCGGCGCUUGCUGGCAUCAGGCUGCACGUACACCAUCCAAGCUGGUGACACCUUUUGGGCCCUUGCCCAGCGGCGCGGCACCACCGUGGACGUCAUUCAGUCCUUGAACCCGGGAGUUGACCCCACCAGGCUGCAAGUCGGCCAGUUCAUCAAUGUGCCGUGCUCAGGAGGAGGGUACGUAUGCACAUCGAUGUAUGAUGUCGGCAGCGGCUGCACGUACACCAUCCAGCCUGGCGACACCUUUUGGGCCAUCGCUCAGCGGCGCGGCACCACCGUGGACGCCAUUCAGUCCUUGAACCCGGGAGUUGACCCUGCAGGGCUGCAAGUUGGCCAGGUCAUCAAUGUGCCAUGCGGCAGCAAUGGCCCUGCACCGCAAGGUGGUGGUAGCAAAGUCCUUUACUCGGGAUCAGGCAGUGGCACCUACUACUACGACCUGCGCACCACGUGCCCCCAAAACCCCGGCGGCUUCCCAGAGAACAACGGCUACCCCUAUUGCGCCAGCUAUGACCCGUCUGCACCCACCUACAAGACUCUCGCUCAGCUGGGCAGUAAUAACGUCAUUGCCAUUGACCGCAAUGUGCUGUCAGCAAAUCGUGCCGGGCUGUGUGGCAAAAAGAUCCUGGUGUUCAAGGAUGGCGUUCCUGUGACGGCUCCGGACGGUGGUAGCUUCUUCGUGUGGGACGGCUGCGAGGCAUGUGUUGGCGGGGGUCGCAUUGACUUCAGUUUGAGUGGUUUGCAGCGGGCGGCUAGCGAUGCCUGUUCGCUGGGGGUGGUUCCGGGCAUCUCCUGGCAAGUGGUGGAUGAGGUGGUGCAGCAGUUUGUACCUCCGUGAUUGAUGAUGAGAACCUUAUAAUGUCCAGAUAGAUUGGCUACCCUGGGCCAAACCCUGUAACAGACACACGGUAUAGACCAGGAGUGUUUAGGCCGGUGUAAAGUACCAAGG